ACGAUACUAAAAGUAAUGUCAGUUAAAAUGGCCGGAAUUGUUUCUAAGAGACAGGAAUAAAAUGAAAUUUGACUGAAGUAUUAACAUAUUUAAUAUUUUUUUGUGUUUAUUAACAAACAUUUUUUAUUUAGCAAAAUAAAAUGCCUAGGAGAUAUUAUUACAAAGAUUCUUCCUCUGAUGAAGAUGAGCCACUCAAAAAGAAAAGUUCUAGUGGAAUAUGUAAUACUAUUCAAUUUGAAGAAGGCGAAAUUGUAACAGAUAUUCUUGGAAAAAAUUGGAAGUUGGGUUCAACUAUUGGCGUAGGAGGAUUUGGGGUGAUAUAUGAAGCAUCCGAAAAUACAGCUAGAGAAUUUAAGGCUGACUAUUCUUAUGUUGCAAAAGUUGAGAAACAUACAAGUGGCCCUUUGUUUGUAGAAAUAAAUUGUUAUCUUAGGAUUGGAAAACUUGAAAUGAUUGAACAGUGGAAGAAACAGAAUAAACUAAAAUUUCUUGGAAUGCCUCAUUAUGUCGCAUCUGGUUCUUGUUAUCAUAAUAAUGAAAAGUACCGUUUUCUUCUAAUACCAAAAUACAAAAAAGAUUUGGGCCAAAUUCUUAAGGAGAAAAAAGUAUUUAAUAUUAAAACAGUGUCUAACAUAUGCAUACAAAUUUUGGAUAUUUUAGAAUAUAUUCAUAGUAAAGGUUAUGUUCACUGUGAUAUCAAGGCUUCUAACAUAAUGUUGGGUAAUGAAUCUAGAUUAAAACUUCCAAAUCAAAAUGUGCAAUUUGAAGAAAGUCACAAAAUAUUUGAUAGAAAACUAAGAGUAUGUAAGAAUCCUAAACACUCCAGAAAAACCAAAAGGAAUCUAAGGCCUAUAAAUAUUGUAAAUUAUGUAGAUGAUAUACCUUAUUUAGAUGAAGUAUUAGAUAUGCAUGAAAAUGCAAAGACUUUGAAAGAAUCUCAACACCACCGUGAUAGUGCUUAUUCAUCAAGUGAAAUAAAUAAAGUUGAAACUAAAAUAUUGGAUCAAGUGUAUUUAGUUGAUUUUGGAUUGGCGUCAAAAUUUUUGCAAUCUAAUGGUGAAUAUAAGGAAUUUUCUGGUGAUGAAAGAAGAGCACAUGCUGGUACUAUCCUUUUCUGUUCAAGAGAUGCUCAUAAAGGUGUACCAUCCAGUAGGUCUGAUUUAGAGAGCUUGGCAUAUAACAUGGUUUAUUGGUUAACUGGAACAUUACCUUGGAUAGAAGAUUUAGAACAAACUACAGAGGUAGAAAAAAAGAAAAUUCGUUGUUUCAAGAAUUUAAAAAGCUUUUUAGACUUGUGUUUCAAUAAUGAUACACCUCGCUUUGUCAUGGACUAUUUUGAAUAUCUAAAUAAGUUGCAAUAUAUGGAAACUCCCGACUACAACUAUUGUCGUAGUAUAUUCAAGAAAGCAAUAAAAGUUUAUGCAUAUAAACAAGACUCUGCCUUAGAUUUUGAUAAUAAAGAAGGUUGGGGUGACAAACAGAAAAAAAUAAAAUCGAACAAGAAAAUUAUCACCCAUAGUAGUUUUCUAAAAACCAGUCCUUUAAUGCCGUUGAAUUCCAACAUCGUUUUUAAAAGGCCCAAGUUGAGGAAACAGCUAAAAGAUGUGAAGAUCCAAACCAGCAUAAUGAAUUGGUCCAAGAUAUUAAUAGAUCCAGAGACUAUUCUUAAACAAGCCAGAGAGAGAAAAAUGACAGAAGGGAGUGAUAGCUCCAAUUUAUCUUCCUUGGAUAUAGAUAGUAUGAAUCCUACUCCAGAAAUGCUCAACAUAUAUAAUAAAUGCAUGGAAAGAGAAGCUUCUCCAGUGCAUAAAACCGAUAGCCCUACUACUGAAAACAUAGAAGGCUAUACUCCAGCUAUGAUGAGUAUUUACAAUAAAAUUCAAGAAAGGAAGGAGAUUUUUUAUGGAAUGAUGGUAAAUGGUUUCAAGGAACCUAAUAACAAUAACACAAGAAACUUUAGAAGAAGAGUUAAAAGAUCUGCAUCGCCCAUGGAAAAAGUUUCGAAGAUAAAACCCCAAUUAAAUGGUCGAAAAAAAGUCCCUUUCUCAGACGUAGUCGCGAAAAAGGCAAAAAGUUUAUCUCACCGAAGAAAUUACAGAUUGCGGGGAUGAAAUACUGUCUGUAACAAAGCUACGUUACAUUAUAAUUUAGAGUAUUAAAGUAUGAUGGAAACUAGAUGUUUGUUAUUGUUUGUUGUAAUUGUCUAAAAUAAUCAGUUUAUUUUUUUAUUUUUGUAUAUAAUAUGAAAAAUUUAUAUGUCAAUGAGUAAAAUGAUUGUAAGAAUU